AUGGAGCCCCACUUUGCGGAGACAUUGCGUCAACUGGGUCGGUUAGCUGGGGGUCCCAUGUGUGACGCUGUCGUCCGUGACCAAGUCCUCCAACACUUGGACACUCUCAAAGGCAUCCGAGGGGUGGAAGAGCUGAAGGCACGAGUAGCGGAUGGAAGCAGUGGAGAAACCAUGGUCCUCAUCAACGCAUGCAAGUGCAUGCAUGUGAUCAAAAAUUGGGUGUUCUUGAAGCGCAGUAACUGGACUCUGGUGGGCUUCCAUGCCUUUGACGCGGCCGUGUUCCAGAAGCUGAUUGAGCAGGACAAGACUGACGAGUGGUACAUCGACAUCAAGCCAAUGGUUUGGAGCUCCACCAGAAUGCAAGCAAUUUCGCAAACCCGGAAAGCUGCAGUGAAGAAACUGGGCAUCACACUUUCAGAUGCUCCAGAGCUGUCUCCAAAGGCAAAGAGCACGAAGAAGCGAUCGACCUGUGUGGAGUCGGAUGCCUUUGGUCCUGAAGGAUGGCAGCAGAGCAACUAUGUAAUCUUCAGGCUGCAGACGCGUGAGAAUCUUGCGCUGACCAUUGCCACUAGAGCCCUCAUUCCUUCGGCUCAUGGCCUGGAGAUGCGGGAGUCCUUCCAGCCUUUUUCGCCAAUCAACUUGAUGGGGGACUGGCCUGUGACGAUGCAGCCGGUUAUCAUGCUGAGCGUCGACAGCUUUGGUAAGCAGAACAACAUGGUUUUCGGGGCAGAGAACCAGACAGACAUGCUCUAUACGUACUAUGUCCCAUUCCCAAAGACCAAGUUGACCGAAAACUUGGUGGAUGUGCUGGAUUGCACCAAGGCAAACCCUUUGCUUCGCAUGUUCAUGAUGAGUUCGACCUCUGGCGUCAUGAAGGAAAUGCUUGGGAAGGUUUUAUCAGGCGUGGAAUUGAGUGUGUUGCCGUGGAUGGCAAGCUCUUUGUCAGCAAUGAAUGUUGGCUUUUUUGCAUACAAGCCUUCUACGUCCACAGUUCAUGCAGGGCAGGAAGCUAGUGAUGAGUUGCACUUGCUCACCCUGCGAACGAAAACAUUGCUGGGUGGCGUUGCGCCUCACCAGCAUCCAUUGGGCCCAGUUUGGGUGGAGACGACUAACUUCAUCAUCACCAUGCUGCAGUCAAAGGAGGCCGUGCUCACGGUCCAGGACUACAAAAUUUCCAUGACCAACACUGGUGACUUUUACCCCCAAUCGUCCAUUGUCGAAAAGAACCGAAGCCAGAGGUUGGCAAGCAGGAAGCGAAAGCUGCAAGAGGAGAACCACGAGUUGGGGAAGACCAUGGCGAUGAAGAAGUCGGAGAUUGCAGAGAUUGAACGGCAGCUUGCCCAAGGCUGUGCUGAGGCAUCUGCACUUGAGCCAUCUCGUCCAUGCGCGCCUAUGCUUGCUCCAAUGAUGUCGUUCAAUGGUAAGUUCACCUUGUUACGCAGCGACUUGUGGCCAACGCGCCAAACGCAGAAAGUUCUUGAGGUCAGAACGCAUCUACCCAAGCAGCAUCUACCUGCGAAAGGGAUGCACAAGACGCCGCCCUUGAGAAUCGACGAGAACGUCAAGGAAAAGGACAAUUCUGGUUACAAGGCCUGUUUGGGACCGAGAGUCAUCCUUACUUCGCUGAAGGUCAACGGCGUAUACGAAGGUGCAGGUCUAGCUCUGUGGCUGCGGUCUGGAAUCUACUCCACAGGGAAAGGCCGGGAUGUCAACCCGGGCAGUGUUCCUUUUGGUGAGAUCAACAAGUUCAAGGAAGACUUCUUUGGCAAAGGCGUGACGUUGAAAGCUGCGGUGCAAAGGCAAGGGAAAAAGCAGCGGACAAAGGACCGGAUCGUGUGGCCAAUCGUGAUGUUGUGUGGCUGUGAGAAUGUGAAUGAUGCAGAGCACGACCACUUUGACGGCAGCCUGAACCUUGCAAGCUGUCACUUUGUGCUUUGGCCCUGGUACCUUGCAGUGUUCGAAGCUCUUAAAGCUGGGGACAAAGAAUGGAUUGACAUGCUUUGGGAAGCUGCUUGCACGGUUACUAUUCAGCUCCGUUUCUGCCCCUCUGACAUUGACUGGGCAUUGACUCUGAACAGCGCGUCGGAAACGCUGAAGACAUUGAGCAACAACACUUUGUCUGACACAUUCGUGAAAUUUUGUUCGUUAGCACAUAUCUUGAAGGUUGAGAAGGAGUCUGAUGGCAGAGAUGCACAGCUUCGCUUCAACAAUUCUCUUUACAACAGUGCAAUGCACAAAGCUUGCAUGGCCGUUCUUUCUGUGAUGAACGAGCCAGGGUCAACCAAAGCUUCCGCUUUUGAAACAGCAAUCCUCCAUCUGGAGGGGAGAUGGGGCCGGGAAGUUCUAAGCAACCAGUACGGAAAACUGUAUAGAUUGGUGACGCAUGCAAGAACCAUGGCAUCAGCAACCAGGCCGGUUGACGAGGUUGCCGGCUGGCUGGUGAACAUGUUCCACCUUGCCUUGAACUCCAGGCUGGUCACUUGUGCCAAGGCAACGGAUACAUGGCUUGACCGUGACCGCAAGCACCAGAAGAACGGAUAUUGGCAUGCAUGCACAGGCGUGUCAGCGCUGGAUUUUUUGCAUCCUUUGGUUGAGAAGCUUCCAGACGGCGAAAGGCAAUCGUGUGUGGAUGCCAUCUUGAAACUCCGGAACCCCACGCAAUGCUGGGCAGAAUUCUUGAAGCCUCAGCUGGAAUCACAAUCGGAUGAAGGCGCACAAGGUGAAGACGACCCGGACCCAGUGGAUAUCCCAGAGUCAGCUUUAGAUUCCUUGAAGUCGGGCUUCAAUAAAGCUACAGGUGCUUUGCUGGAUUUCAUCUUUGACCUCAUGCGUGGAAGUUACCUCCAAGCCUGCAUUGACUUGAGUUCCACUUCUGAGAAAUUGCCCAAGCUGGUUGCCUUGGAAAGCCAAGGUGGCAAUGCACCUGAUCCCCCAGAUUUGUCCACAGACCUCAAGAAGCUGAUUCAGCACAUUGUGCUGGUCGUCCAAAAUUUUGAUACUAAUGUGAAGAGCGUGUCUGGAAGUUCCUUGCCAGCACCGCCGCUGAUCCAGACCCUGGGAGCUGACAAUUUGAAGGAUGAGGAGGCUGAAGCCCGCAACAGGGUCUGGAAGCAAGUCCAGAGUGAAAGGAAGAAGUAUGUGACCUUUUCUUCCACGAAAGGCUAUGGGAAGGACAAUUUGAUUGCUGCACUGAAAGCAAGCCAGUUGAAUUCGAACCACAGGCUCUUCUGUGGCUCAGCAGAUCUUCUUCAGGAGGGAGGCAAUGAGCCAUGGAUGAACAGCACGGAGCCAAACGCAGACAGCUGGAAGGGAAUUUGCGACUUCAUGGGCAGCAUGACUGGCUCCACCGACUUCUGCAUCCUCUUUGAUGGCAGGAUGCGGUCCAUACGGCGGAUUAGCGAAGAUGUGCUUCUGAGCCUGCCACAGACGGAGGAGGUUGCUGUCAUCUAUUCCGGCGGCUGCCUUGCUCGAGCUGGACGGAUGAGGCGGAUCCCGUUUAGUGCGAAAAAGCUUGAAUCAGGCGUUCUUCGCUUUCCUGUAUCCCGUAGCCGUCUGAAGACCUGCAAAAAGCAAUCUUUCAACUCCUGUGGGGAAGCUACCAACUUUCAGCCAACCUUCAGCGGCGUGGCCUUCCGCCCUCUAAAGGAACUUCCCCUGAUCAGCUUUGAAGAGAAGAAAAAGAUCCUAGGUUCUGCGGUCCCAGCACCAGACGAGUACCGAGAAAACCACCAUGAUGAUCAGCCGUUGUUUUGGCAGGAGAGCAAGCCCAUUGCUUUGUGGUUGGCUUUGCUGGAUGAACUUCGAAUCCAAAGCGUCUUCGACGUGUCCGCAGGAAGUGGGGCCCUGAUGGAAGCAUGCCUCACACGGGGAAUUCAGUAUCACGGCUUGUGCAUCAACAAAGAGCACAUGUCCUGGGUCCAGGCAAUUGCCGACAGGGCUGCGUGUGGGUUGAUUUCGGUCCAAGGCAGCACAUUGUUUUCUGACGAUCUUGCCAAAGCAGUCAAGGAGCGGUUCCCUGAAAUCCUGCAGGCAUUGGCUUGUGAUGCUGAUGAGGUUGAAAUUUUGGAGCCUGAUAGUGACGACAACUAG